AUCCAAAAUGAAUUUAGUGCCAGUGGUCCCAAUAAUGAAAGAAAACCAGCAGAUAUUACGGUCCCAGAUUGAACUAAGGGUCGAACUCGAUCAGGCAUUGCGAUGGGCACCCUUCAUAACGCGACAAGCGAAAGGAAGGACCUCUCCGAGAAGUAGGAAGUACCCGUGGGGCCAGGCCUCGAGUGGCCAUGGGGUCCAGGUCCAGGUCUAGGGAACGGCGUCGGCGGAGGAGUCGGUCUAGGUCUGAAGAGCGAGAAAGUCGGGGGACGAGGAGGAGGAGAAGAAAUCGGGAAGGGAGCUCAGAGGAAGAGAACCAGAAAUGGGGAAAGAAGAAAGAAAAAAGCAGGGACCAGCAUCACAAGAGACACAAGAGUCACUCUUCCCGUCACUGGGAACGGUCCUCCAACUCAGAUUCCUCUUCAGAAAAAAGGGGCCGUAAAAGUGAGAAGAAGGGGAAGAAGUACCGGAAGCGUUCUGAAUCCAGGUCCUCGGUGUCUUCCAUGACAUCCCCGUCACCUUCCCGCUCACAGAGCUCCAAGGGGGACUUAGGCGAGCAGCUAAGCCUCCAGGAACGCUUGAGAUUGAAAGAAGACCAAAAAAACCAAAAGGAGUUGAUGAAGGCUCUUGAAACCCCCGAAGAGAAACGGGCCCGACGUCUAGCCAAGAAGGAGGCCAAGGAACGAAAGAAACGGGAGAAGAUGGGAUGGGGAGAAGAGUAUAUGGGUUACACCAAUACUGACAACCCUUUCGGAGACAACAACCUGCUAGGGGCUUUCAUCUGGAGCAAGGCUUUGGAAAAAAAGGGAAUUGGACACUUAGAGGAAAAAGAACUGAAAGAUCGGAACAAACGCAUCCAAGAAGAAAAUCGUCUUGAAUUGCAGAAGGUGAAGCAGCUCCGCUUGGAGCGGGAGCGGGAAAAAGCCAUGAGGGAGCAAGAGCUGGAGAUGCUGCAGCGGGAGAAAGAGGCGGAGCAUUUCAAGACAUGGGAGGAGCAAGAAGACAAUUUCCAUCUUCAGCAAGCCAAGCUACGCUCCAAAAUCCGGAUCCGAGAUGGGCGGGCCAAGCCAAUUGAUCUCUUGGCAAAGUACAUCAGUGCUGAAGAUGAUGACUUGGCAGUGGAGAUGCAUGAACCUUACACAUUUCUGAAUGGACUCACUGUCUCCGACAUGGAAGAUCUACUAGAAGACAUCCAGGUUUACAUGGAGUUGGAGCAAGGGAAGAAUGUGGAUUUCUGGAGAGACAUGACCAUCAUCACUGAAGAUGAAAUAGCCAAACUCCGGAAACUGGAGGCUUCUGGGAAAGGACCAGGAGAGCGUCGUGAAGGGGUGAAUGCCUCAGUUAGUUCUGAUGUACAAUCUGUCUUCAAGGGGAAGACCUACAACCAAUUGCAAGUGAUCUACCAGGGAAUCGAGGGCAAGAUCCUGGCUGGGGGGCCCAACUUGGACAUCGGCUACUGGGAGAGCCUGCUCCAGCAGCUAAAGGCAUACAUGGCACGGGCCAGGCUGCGAGAACGGCAUCAGGACGUCCUGCGCCAGAAGCUGUACAAGCUCAAACAAGAACAAGGUGUGGAAAGUGAACCCCUUUUCCCCAUCAUGAAAAAAGAGUCACCAUCCCCAGAAGCUGCCAGUAGCAGUCACAGGCUAGAGCCAGAGGAAAUCGCCCCACCACAGCCUGGUCCUUCUUCCGUGGAGCCUGGCACUGAACCGGAAGCUGAAGCCAAAGCCGAGGGAGACGGAGAAGCGGUGUUGAUCGAGGAAGACCUGAUUCAGCAGAGCCUGGAUGACUAUGAUGCCGGCAAGUACAGCCCCCGGCUGCUCACCUCCCACGAGCUCCCCUUUGAUGCCCAUGUGGUAGACGCAGACGAGGAUCUCCAGCGCCUCCAGCUCUCCCGGCAGCAGCUCCAGGUCACAGGUGAUGCCAGUGAGAGUGCCGAAGAUAUUUUUUUCCGCCGCGCCAAAGAAGGGAUGGGGGCUGAUGAGGCCCAAUUCAGUGUGGAAAUGCCCUUGACCGGCAAGGCCUACCUGUGGGCUGACAAAUACCGUCCCCGCAAGCCGCGUUUCUUCAACCGAGUGCACACCGGAUUCGAGUGGAACAAGUACAACCAGACCCACUACGAUUUCGACAACCCUCCGCCCAAGAUUGUGCAGGGUUACAAGUUUAAUAUCUUCUACCCGGACCUGAUUAACAAACGUUCCACCCCAGAAUAUUUUCUGGAAGCUUGCCCGGACAAUAAGGACUUCGCCACCCUGCGCUUCCACGCUGGGCCUCCUUACGAAGACAUUGCCUUCAAGAUUGUCAACCGAGAGUGGGAAUACUCUCACCGGCAUGGCUUCCGCUGCCAGUUUGCCAACGGCAUCUUCCAACUCUGGUUCCACUUCAAGCGCUACCGUUACCGGCGCUGAAGAGGUGAACCAGAAGCGGGCUGAUUUUAUGAAGGGACAAACGUGGAUAUGCGCAGGGAACUGGUUCCUUGAACAUGGACCAAAAUGGUGGCUUUCAAUAUGGGAACAUCAGGUUGGGCAACGUUUCUGAAGUGUGUUAGAACUGCUACUAUCAGAAAUCAUCUUUUAAAAGAAUGGUUCAGGACUGCCCUGAUGUUCACCAGCCAUUCAACUCUGGGGAAAUUGUCUCUCUGGCAAGUAGAUGGUGCUCUUUCCUCUUCUAGCCAGUGACAUCUAAAACCGGUCAAUUUAAAGUGUCUUAUUGAGGUGGCUGAUACCUUGAUUGAGAUUAUCCUUGUUUUUUUAGAAUGUAUAGAUUUGGGAGGGUGGGAGAAAGCGUCCAACUACGAUAAAGAUUUUGGAUACGCGCUGCUUGUUUGGUAUUCUUUACCCCAGUAUGGGAGAACAUAAAGGGGGGAAAGACAGGCUUCCUAUUCGAAUGGAAGUGUAAAAAGACUCAGUUAUGCAAACAAAUCCACAAAUGGUCUUCUCCAGCCGUGCAGAUUGCCCAGUGCUGAUCAAUAAACUUAAGCUGAAGGAUGCAACUGGUAGCUUUCGAAGUGGAUUAAAUAAAUGGUGACAAAAGUUCGAUCAGCGGUAGAUAUGUGGGAAUGCUGUAGCUCCCACCUUGAAAGAGGGUGGGAGUUGAAUAACAAGGAUUUUGCGCAGGGGGUGGGCAGGCCACAGCAACACCAAAAUGGUAAACCGCACAAUGUAGUCAUCACCCCCAUUACAUAUUGGCCUCCUCACAUUUGACACAAGGCUUAGUGUGUUGACAUCGUCAGACGUGUUGAGACUCUAGAAAGAGUGCAGAGAAGAGCAACAAAGAUGAUUAGGGGACUGGAGGCUAAAACAUAUGAAGAACGGUUGCAGGAACUCGGUAUGACUAGUUUAAUGAAAAGAAGGACUAGGGGAGACAUGAUAGCAGUGUUCCAAUAUCUCAGGGGCAACCACAAAGAAGAGGGAGUCAAGCUAUUCUCCAAAGCAGGGGUCUCUAACCUUGGUCCCUUUAAGACUUGUGGACUUCAACUUCCAGAGUCCCUCAGCCAGCUUUGCUUAAAGGGACCAAGGUUGGAGACCCCUGCUCCAAAGCACCUGAAGGAGGACAAGAAGCAAUGGGUGGAAACUAAUCAAGGAAAGAAGCAACUUAGAACUAAGAAGAAAUUUCCUGACGGAACAAUUAAUGAGUGGAACGACUUGCCUGCAGAAGUUGUGAAUGCUCCAACACUGGAUGUUUUUAAGAAGAUGUUGGAUAACCAUUUGUCUGAAGUGGUGUAAGGUUUCCUGCCUGGGCAGGGGGUUGGACUAGAAGACCUCCAAGGGCCCUUCCAACUCUGUUAUUAUUAUUAUUAAGUGUACAUCCAUAUUUAGAUCCAAGCGCACGGGAGAAGGGCGGUAUACAAAUUAAAAUAUUAUUAUUAUUAUUAU